CAGGAACCAAAAGAUAGCUAGCGCAAGUAUAUACACUUCGCCAUGGAAAUUUGAAAUUAACACAUUAUGGGUUGAUAUGGUGUUUGAACGAUGGGAAACUAAUUUAUCUACUUUGCUCGGGACAUUUAGUGAGCGUCCCUUAUGUCUGUGAUGAACAAAAACGUUUUCCGUCAGAUUGCCUUAAGGCAGGAAGUGCGUGACUAUCUCCGCAAUGUCUACACGAAUAAAGAGCUGGUGUCAGAACUGGGGGAGGAUGAGGCAGAGAGAGUGUUUGCAUCUCUGAUGUCCUGCGUGUUCCACCCACCCUCCUUUACGUGCCUGAGAGCUAGCACGCACCUGUUCCCCAUACAGGAUGUGCAGCACAGGCUGGAACAGCAUCUUGCACAGCAACCAGGAAGGGAUUGCUAUGGGGACAGCGUUCCCACUCCCAUCUUUCGUCACCCACUACUUCCAGAUGUGCUGCUGCUUCCGGUCAGCGGUCCUAGGGAUGUGCGUAUGCAGAGUUCUGAAGUGACUGUUGGUGCUCAGUGUGGAUGUGCUGUACUGAGAGGUGCUCAUGUCUUUGCUCCUGGUGUUCUCAGCACACCUAAAUUUAUGAAGGUGGGUGAUGUAGUCUCUGUGUUCUCUGAUGUGGAGGGGAGGUGCACGCGUGGAGCUAAAGAGUUCCAGGGGAAGAAGGUGUUUCUGGGUAAUGGUGUCUGUGUGAUGGACCGCUCUGAUAUAUUUUGUACAGAGGGACCAAUAAGGGGUGUGGCCAUUAGAAUGAAUGAAGCCAUCUAUGAAAGCCCCUCCUUUGACGGGGUGCUGCCUACCGAGCUAUUUCUGCAGAAUCUGCCAUCAGUGGUGGUGGGGCAUGUGGUGGGGCCUCGUCCUGGUGAAAGGAUUUUGGACAUGUGUGCAGCUCCUGGGGGGAAGACCACACACAUAGCUGCCCUCAUGGGCAAUCAGGGAGUAUUAGUGGCUCUGGACAAGAUCAAAUCCAAAGUGGAGAAGAUUAGACAGAAUGCCCACACUCUGCAGUUGGAUUGCAUUAAAGCAUACUGCCACGACAGCAUACAGGCUGUGCAGUCUGGAAAAACCCAGGAGCCUUUUACAGAUGUUCCUCCGUUCCCAGAAGAGAGUUUUGACCGGGUGUUGUUAGAUGCUCCCUGCAGUGGGUUGGGCCAGAGACCCAACAUGGCAGUGACCUGGAGUGUCAAAGAAGUUUGCUCAUAUCCACCUCUACAGAGAAAACUCUUUACUGCGGCUGUGCGUCUCUUGAAAAAAGGCGGUGUAAUGGUGUAUAGUACCUGUACUGUGACACUGGCAGAGAAUGAGGAACAGGUGGCGUGGGCUUUGAAAACAUUCCCAUGUUUAACCCUGGAACCACAGGAGCCUCACCUGGGAUCACCAGGCAUGCUUGGAGCUGCAUUGUCACCUGAUCAGCUGAUGCUGCUGCAAAGGUUCCGCCCAGAAUUGGCCUGGGGUGGAGCUCGUGAUGGACAUGCCCCUGAGAAUCUUCUGUUGAAAGCCAGCACAGACACAAUAGGGUUCUUCAUAGCGAAGUUCAUCAAGAGAUAGUGGGCAAUGAAAAUGCACGGAGGCAAUGUCUCUCAAAGACUUAUCUGUCUACAGCUACGUGUGGCAAAGCUAUAAAAACAGGGAGCUCUUGGAGCAUUGGAGAGGCCUAAGACGACAGAGUCCAGAGCAGAAUGGUUGGGUGAAUGGUUGGGGGAGGCUGCCACGUGCAGUUCUGUUUCUGUUGCCUUGACAACAGUGACGACACAUCUGCUGUGGUGACGAUGGGUAUACGUGCGCAGUGGACUGUGAACAGGAAGCAGCGUGCAGACAGAGAACAAGACGAUAUCAACAGUUUUACAAACACCAAUGUAUAUGUUACAGAUCUGAGUACUGGUUUUUAUUCUUUGUUUAUUCUGAUGGGUGCAGUAUAAUUAUUGAAUAAGAAGUGGAUGGGUACAUGAAGAAGCUUGGGUGAAUGUUUUUGUAAGUGAACAAAGUUUGUCUAUUAGUGCAAAUAAAUAUCUCACUCCAAAAUGCAAGCAAUAUGAUCUGGAACAAGCAACUUUAAAUGCAAAAAGAGCAUAAUACACCACUGAUUAACAACAACCAGUAAAAGUAUCAGGUUUGAUUCAUUAUGCGUCAUUCUGAUAAAUAAAGGGUCAUGAAUGAGUGAA